AUGGCAGCAAUUUCUGAUGCUGACAUUACCCCAGCUCUGUCAAAAGUUGAUUAUGAAGAGGUGGAUGGUGACAACAGUCCUGAGCCUCCGCCAGCAUUUUCAAACUAUUUCCCUGAGGACCCUGAAUUUACUGAGGUUGUACGUGAAGUUGAGAUGGCAAUGGACAGUGAUAUAUGCCCAGAACUGAGUGCCUUAGGAUCAAGUGGAUGUUACUUCUUGCAGGAUCGAAACUCAACAAAAAUUGCAGUAUUCAAGCCAAAAGAUGAAGAACCAUAUGGACAUUUAAAUCCAAAAUGGACAAAGUGGAUGCAUAAACUCUGUUGUCCAUGUUGCUUUGGGAGAAGUUGUCUUGUGCCAAAUCAAGGCUAUCUAUCAGAGGCAGGGGCGAGCUUAGUAGAUCAGAAGUUACAGUUAAAUGUUGUUCCAAAGACAAAGGUCGUCAAAUUAGCCAGUGACACUUUUAACUAUAAUGCCAUAGAUAGGAUGAAAUCCAAAACAAAGAAAAAUAUUGCUGAAAAUAUCCCAGAGUUAGGGAGAAAGUUUCACAGAUUAGGUCUCCCUCCUAAGACUGGAUCAUUCCAAUUGUUUGUUACUGGUUACAAAGAUGCAGAUUAUUGGCUGAGACGGUUUGACCAAGAGGCCCUUCCUGCCUCCACAUCUAAACAAUUCCAGCAUCAAUUUGAACGCCUUGUUGUUCUGGAUUAUAUAAUACGAAAUACAGACCGAGGAAAUGAUAAUUGGCUCAUAAAAUAUGAAAAGUCUGAAGUGAAUGAAUCAAACUCUUGUAUGGAGGAUUCUACAGACUGGAGUAUGGUUAACCCUCCCAAAAUCUCAAUUGCUGCAAUAGACAAUGGCCUGGCAUUCCCUUUCAAGCAUCCAGAUGAAUGGAGAGCAUACCCAUAUCACUGGGCAUGGUUAGGACAAGCUAAGAUUCCAUUCUCUCAAGAAAUCCGAGAUUUAGUGCUUCCACAAUUAUCUGACAUGAACUUUGUACAGGAUCUCUGCGAUGAAUUGUUUGAACUAUUUCAUAGAGACAAAGGCUUUGACAAACGGACAUUUGAAAAACAGAUGUCAGUUGUUCGUGGUCAGAUAUUGAAUUUAACUCAAGCAUUGAAAGAUGGUAAAUCUCCAGUUCAACUAGUCCAAAUGCCGGUCGUAAUAGUAGAGAAGCGGAAAGGAGGAUUUGGCCCUGGUAGGAGAGUGGAUGUCAUAUUUGUAGGCAAAGCUAUUUCCAAUUCCAACAUGGAGUCAUAUGUCAUACCAAGUAUACAUCUGAAAUGAUAUGUAUAAACCUCCAACAUGGAGUCAUACCAAGUAUACAUCUGAGAUGAUAUGUAUAAACUUGCAUAUAUAAUAAAGGCUCUGACAGUAUUGAAAUACCAAAAAAACAGUAUAAUUUACAUCACAAGAAGCUUAAUAUAAAGGAUAUAAUUGAUUAUGGAAAAUUUUAAAAGGGUAAAAGGAGACAUAGUUAUUAUGUUUGGUGUUUUUUUCAAUAUAAGGUAAAUUGAUUGU